UCAGAUCAUGCGCAGUGUGCACAUUUCUUGGAAGACGUUCUUUCCAACACAACAUCAUGACGUCAUGAAAUAAACAUCAUUUAUCAAGACGCACUCACAAUGCAAUGCCCCGGUAAUGAGACUUGAAGCUAUAUCGACGGGGGAACGGUUUGAGGUACCUAUUAUUUGACAGUCAUUGAUCUGUUCUUCCCAGCAAGAUGACUACAAGCCACAGUUCACUAAAGCAGCACAUAAUGGAAAGUUCUAAGCCAGAGAGCAGCUAUGUCAACCUGAAGAAAAAAGUGGCAGCUCAACUGACUUCUGUGUUUGAGUGGCAAAGGUUUUGUCAGGAUGUUCAGGCAAAGCAGGACAGUUUCAUUGGUGAUUAUGAGAAAUUACAAAACUCCUUCAGCCAGGAUUUGGGACAAUACCUACAUGAUAAGUUCCAGGACAUACUCAGAGACAGAAAGCAACUGAAAUCUCAGUGUGAGGCGAUAGUUCUCCAGUGUGAAGGGCAACAGAAGGAGAUAGCAGGUGCCAUUGCUGAGUGGCUGCGCCUACAGCAGCGGAGGUUGAUAGGCGAGAAAUUGCCGUCGUUGGACGUGUUACAGAAUGUAUGUGAAGAAUUUGCUGAUGUUCUACAGCAGGGAAAAGUGCUGGUGGAUGCUACACUAAGUUUGAAGAGACACUGCGAGUUUAAGGAGACUCCUGAAAGUGAACCAAGUGACGGCUCAGACGACUUGAUACUGGAGGGGCUUGCCGAAAGACUUGAGGAUACCCUCAUACAGCUGCUGGAGAAGUCUUUUAUUAUGGAGGAACAACCACCCUCAGUGCUGCAUGUAGAAAGGGGAGACAGCAAGAAAUUCAGUCUAAGUAUCAGGUGGCUGGUAGGUAGCAAGUUCACACUGGCUCUAGAACAUGGUAUGAUCAAUGCUGAGUUCCAUAAUGUGACCACACUACAGGCCAGCAAGGCUCCGGGGAGACAGGGGAAACUCAGCUCCAAAGUUGUCAAGGGAAACUUUGGGGUCAGGUUUGAAAAUAUGCAGGUGAAAGGUUUCAGUCGUCUGCCAACAAGCAGCAAGGAUCCUGUUAAAGCAGCAGAACAAAAACAUUUUGUGGUGAUCACAGGACAAUUGCUGUUGCCCGAUAAAAGACCUCUGCAGCUACAGAUUUUGUCUCAGCCCAUGUUUCUCACUGCACAGUCUCAGCAGAACCCAGAUGCCCAGGCCAAGGCUAUUUGGUGCAUGCUGGGAAAUAAGGGACCUGAGACUGUAAAUCCAAACACUGACCGCUCACUGGACAAAGUGCCCUGGUCAGAGUUGGCCAAAGUUCUCAGUCAGUUAUUCAAGCACGGCACUGGACGUGGUUUGGAGACGAAGCAUCUGGACUACUUAGCUUUGAGAAUAUUUGGCCAGACCAAAACCCUUGGGUCAGACUUUUCCAGCUUGCCUGUCUCGUGGGAUCAGUUUAACAGGAAACCUGUCAGUGGCACUAAGUUCACCUUCUGGAAAUGGUUUUUUGCCACACUGAAUUUGACCAAGGAUUUUCUUGUUGACCAGUGGAAAAAAGGUUUGAUCGAAGGAUUCAUAGACAAAAUCAAAGCAGAGAAAUUGCUGCAGAAGCUCCCUCGCACUGCGUCUGGGACAUUCCUGCUCCGUUUCACCAAUCAUUACGUGGAUGAAAACCAGAAGGCCAACCCCUGUGGAGGACUGUCUGUGGUCUACGUGGAAUGUGUGCAGAAUAAAAUGGAAGUAAACCAUGCUGCUGCUAUCACAGCUGCUGACCUGAAGGACACCAACCUCCCAGUCUUCCUGUCACACAUACAGUUCAUCACAGAGAAUGCUGACCCCAAUAUCCCAGCCUCCACCUCAAAACUCAAGUUUCUGUAUCCCAGCCUCUCUUUCAAACAAGCAUUUGGAGAGUGGUUACAAGGAAACAGUAGUAGCCAGAAGAAGUUACCAGGAAAAGGUUACCACCCCCUGCAUGGAGUUCAUCAAGUUCGUAUUCCGCCACGAGAUCAGCAAAGCCGCCUGGAGGAAGAGCUGGAGGAUAAUGAUUCUGCAGCAGGUCCUGGGGCCAGUUUGGAUAACAGUCAUUAUUCCAAGGGCAAAAAGAGAUUUGCUCGAGGAUCAUCCAAAGAUGUCCCAACUAGCACACCUGUGGUUUCUGUCGACAGCAUGUCUAGUGGAACAUUGCUGUUCGACCGUUCAUCAGUUGUAUUACAGGAGCAAAAGGAUGUCAGUGUUAAAUAUCAACAAGCAAUUGCAGACCAAGAAAGUGGAGAAAAGAGUGCAUCACCACAACACAUGGUGCCUCUGACGACAACAAUGUAUACAGCAUCACCUGGCCCACCUGACUUGCAGCCCACUGUGGGGUCCCCAUCUAGCCAGCCAGGGGAGUCCCCGAGAGGCGGCCAUGAUGAUGUAACAAUUUUGUCUCCUGGUUCCCAGAGUUCCUCACACAAAUCACCAAUGUCUUCUCACAGUCACUCCAUGGAGUCUCCACAUAGCCAUAUGGGCGGGUUGAUAGAAGGCAGCCAUGAUGAUGUUGCAGUUUUGGCCCCAGCCUCCAAUUCAUCUGGUUAUUCAUCGUCAAAGUCUCCAGGCAGUGCGUCAUCCAUUACUGGGUCACCUGGUCAUCCUGCAGGGUCUCCACUGGGGCAAGAUGAUCCAAUGCUGCUCUCCCUUGGUUCCAAGAAUUCUGGUGGCCCUGUAAGGCAUUUUGAUUCUGGGGCCCCAAUGGAAGUUUCCUCACAGAAUUCAAGUCUGCCAUCCUGUAUCCCAGGGUCUUUGAGUAGCGCCCACAUUCCUGCUCCUUCUUCAGUGCCUCCUGGCUAUCCAAACCAGCACAUAAUGUUUCUUCCAGCAUCCUCUUCAUCCUCUCUCAUAGCUCCCUCCACUUCUGCAUCCACUCAGCUGGCUCCAGAACAGUGUGCUAUGACCGCAGCAGGAGCCCAGUAUAUGCCUCCACCAUAUUCCGCACAGCUUGACAACUUGUUGACAGAUGGCAGCACAUCACAAGGUACUGAAGAUGGCGCUCCAGAGGAUAUGAAAGUGCUUGAUAAUGAUACUCUUGACCAGCUAUUUGAGGUCAUAAAUACAGAUCCAGAAUAUGGAAAGGUGCUGAUGGAGAGUGAGAAUCUGAAUUUAUAAUGAAGCUUGUAUUGAUAUUCUCAGUGCAGAGACCUGCUGAUGCAGAUUGUAUGAUUUGGUGUAAAUACUGAGUGACUGUUACCAUUUUCAGCUAUUUGCAGGAAUUUUAAAAGCAAAUAUUGAUAUUUAGAAAAUGUUAUCCAAGAAAUUUAUUUAAAUGUGUAUGUAAUAUUCAAUGUCAUGUGUCAAGUUUUAGACAUGCUAUAUGUAUUUUCAUGAUAUAUGUAUUUUUCCCAAUCAUAUAAGUAAUUACUUUGUGAUACUUCAGUGCAAGUUCUUAAAAUAAAGUUAAUUCUUUUUCUGUAUAAAAAAAUUAUUUAAUAUGAUGUUUUUGUUGAAUUUUGUAAGCAGUUUGUUUACUUCAAUUUCAAGUCGAUUUGGAAAAAAAAAUUUUUUUGUUAUAUGUACUUUGACCACAAAGAUAUAUCAAAAUAUACUGAACUGAGAGAGAUUUAUACAGUAAUGUAAGGUUAAGACUUGGGGUUUAAUAUUGUUGAUAGCUAUAUGUUUAUGAUUAUAAUGAUAUGAAUGUUGGUUUUAUAUGUAUACAUAUAAAUAUAUGCAAUUAAGUGGGGUUUAAUAUUGUUGAUAGCUAUAUGUUUAUGAAUAUAAUGAUAUGAAUGUUGGUUUUAUAUGUAUACAUAUAAAUAUAUGCAAUUAAGUGUAUAUCUUCACAGAGCUCUCUUCCUUCAUUGAAGCUACCAUGUUACUUGAAGAUUUUUAAUACCAUUAUAUGUUUUGUAUUAUUGACUCAAAGUCUAUAGUUAUAUAAUAUCAAAAUAUAUCUUUUUUUUAUUAUAAAUAAUAUAAUUCUCAAACAUUCCGGACUCCUGCAUUUGUGUCCCACUGUGUUGGAAGUGAGGGAAUCCCAUGACAACUUGAAUACUUUUUAAAAUGUGCCAUAUGUUAUAUUUAGUGAAACCUGUGAGUAGGAAAUGAAGAAUGCUUUAUAUUUCGACUGUGAGAACUACUAGACUCUAACAGGUAAUCAGUAGUUUUAUUAAACAAACAAACAUACAUGUAUUAUGUAAAGAGUAGUUACAGCUACUUAUAUGAAUAACCAAAGCACCUUAUAUAGGUUUUAUUUUGGCUGUGAGAUAAGUCCCAUGCUUUAAUUAUUUUUAAUUUGUUAAUGAAUAAAUACCACAUAGUUCUGUAGAUAGCAUGAAGCUGAUCUUAAGGCUUUGAUAUGAAUUGAUUUUAUGAAAUUUCUAUCUGUAAAGUUAAUCAGCCUAUAAAAAUUGCUAACAAUUGAAAAAUGAGGUGAAAGUAUGUCUGCAAAUUGUUAUUGUGGUGCUCUAAGGACAAUUUGGAAUAAAUUGGUUCAUCUCA